CCGAGGUGCGUGUGCAUGCGUAGUGGUGGUAAUGGAGGAUAGUGUUGUACUCACGGGGGCUUAGUUAGCAAGCUGCCUUUUCUCUGCUGUGUUCUCAGCCUCCGUUUCAACCGAUUACGUGUUUUUUACGACACAGAGGACAACUCCCGAGGCGACCGAGAGCAGGUGGGGCUGCCACUGAGUUGGGAGAUGGCAUCCGAUGCGGUUUCCCCAAACCGUGGUUCCAAGGGGAUCAUGACUUUUUACCCCACUGUUGAGGAAUUCAAGGAUUUCAGCCGCUACGUUGCAUAUAUAGAGUCACAGGGAGCCCACAGAGCAGGCCUGGCUAAAAUUGUUCCGCCGAAGGAAUGGAAGCCUAGAAGUUCGUAUGACAACAUAGACGACCUGGUGAUACCUGCACCCAUUCAGCAGGUGGUGACGGGCCAAUCAGGCCUUUUCACACAGUACAACAUGCAGAAGAAGUCCAUGACUGUCAGAGAGUUUCGCAAGAUUGCCAACAGUGACAAAUUCUGCAGUCCACAUUAUGAUGACUUCGAAGAGCUUGAAAGGAAGUACUGGAAGAAUGUGACAUUUAACCCUCCCAUAUACGGAGCAGAUGUAAACGGAUCCUUAUAUGAUCCAGAUAUCAAAGAGUGGAAUAUUUGUCACCUCAACACCAUUUUGGACACUGUGGAAUGUGAGAGUGGCAUCACUAUUGAGGGUGUUAACACACCCUACUUGUAUUUUGGUAUGUGGAAGACCACCUUUGCAUGGCACACUGAGGACAUGGAUCUCUACAGUAUCAAUUACUUGCAUUUUGGAGAACCCAAAUCAUGGUACUGUGUUCCUCCAGAGCACGGGAAAAGACUUGAACGUCUGGCUAAAGGGUUCUUUCCUGGCAGUGCUCAAAACUGUGAGGCUUUUCUAAGGCACAAGAUGACUCUUAUCUCUCCUUCAGUACUGAAGAAAUAUGGCAUUCCCUUUGAAAAGAUCACUCAGGAGGCUGGUCAGUUCAUGAUCACUUUCCCCUAUGCCUAUCAUGCUGGGUUCAACCACGGCUUCAACUGUGCAGAAUCCACCAACUUUGCUACAGAGAGAUGGAUUGAGUACGGCAAGCAGGCUGUUUUGUGUUCAUGCCGUAAAGACAUGGUGAAAAUCUCCAUGGACGUAUUUGUGAGGAAAUUCCAGCCAGAUCGUUACGAGCAGUGGCUGGCAGGGCGAGAUGUGGUACCCAUCGACCACUCACGGCCCACCCCGGAGGCUAAGGAGUUCCUGGAUGAGUCCUUUAAUGACAUCACCAGCAGCAAUAACAGUGGCUUCAUGGAGAGCAGUGGAGAGGAUGGAGAGCGGAAGAGUACUAAACAGAGGAUCGAGACCAAGAGGCACCGGGUUUGUCUGGAGGUGCCUGAAGAGGUCGUUCCCAAGGAUGAAGAUGAUGAUGAUGAUGUGGAGCUGUAUGGAAAGCGCCCCAGGCUAAGUCUAAUACCUCCGCGUACAAUAGCACAAGAUGGAAGGAGAAAUAAAGGCCCACCAAAGCUGGUUGUCACACCAACCAAGCUCACUUUAAUGGAUCCAUUUCACAGGGGCUUGAACCAAAGUAGCAUCGAUGGAAGCCGUCCGCCUCAUUAUACCAAGACUCGUGCACCCGCAAUCUCAUCUCAGGCUAAGCCCAGAAACGGUCACCUGUCGGUUUCAGGGUCACCUACAUGGACAGAAGUUACAGCUCAACCCGCCCGCAAAAUGGGGGUGGCCAGCCUGCUUUUCCACAAGACUCUGAGUCCAAAAGACGCGUUACAAGUCCAGAGUUAUAAUCUAGAAAAGCAGCGACAGCCUCACACGCAGCUACAGGUGCACAGCUACGCCAGAGAGCACCAGCCACGUCAUCUCCUGCACAAGACCUGUACACUGUCGCACACGCGGGUUCAGCCCUUAUCACAGACACCGAGCUGUGAGACAACGGAGCCAAAGGCAGAACCUAAAAACGUUCUUACCAAAGUAGCACAGGAUGAACCAGAAGCACAGACAUCUGUGGUGCAGGACCAAGCGGAGAGCAAGCCCAAAAUGUCAUUACCCACCAUUGAAGAUCAAGCUGAAACAGUGAAGGCUGAAGUCAAGUGCGCUGUGAAGUCUGUUGCACCUCAGAGUGAAACGCAACCCACAACACAAGACUUGAUCAAAGUGAACAUAGAGACUUCCAAGAACAGCAAACGAAAGUGUAACCAAUGUCCCCUUGCGGAUAAUGGCAUUGUCAUCCUGAAAGACACCAUUCCUGUCAGUGAACCAAAGCUCGAUGAGAAGAAGGUGAUUCCUCAGAAUCAUCACCAGGUGUCAGAAGAGCAGUCGUAUUGCAAGUCAGUGGUGGAUACGCAGCAGCAAGAAGCACAGCUCUGUAAGCUGCCUCGCCAUCACCCUCUGAUCAGAGAGCUGUACAGUGAUGAUGAUGUGUAUACCGACGUGGAGAUCGAACAAGAGGAGAAGGAAGAGUGGGCAAAGCCGCUAACCCAGCUGUGGCAGUCUCGGCCAUAUAAUCCUCAGGCAGAGAGGGAAUACAACAAAAGCAUGGGUCAGCAAGCCCCCUACUGCUGCAUCUGCCUGCUCUUCCAUACUUACCACCAAUCCGAGUCCAAUAGUGGGAGUUCCAGUGUAAUGCUGGUGAACCGUCCAGGGGGUCGUCAGUGGUCCAAGCCGCUCAUCCCUGAGAUGUGUUUCAACACCCAGUCCAGUAAGACAAACGACGGCGACGAGGGACAGCUGUCCAACCCUCACGUAGCAGAGGACGGGACCAGCCGGCUGGUCAGCUGUGCUCAGUGCUGCGUGCGUGUGCAUACAAGUUGCUAUGGUGUGUCUGGGGAUGAGGCAGAGCUGGACGACUGGCUCUGUGCCCGCUGUGAGGCUGAUGCCGUCACUGAGGACUGCUGUCUGUGUUCUCUAAGAGGUGGAGCUCUGCAGAGAGCCAACAAUGACAAGUGGGUUCAUGUGCUGUGUGCCAUCACUGUGCUGGAAGCUCGCUUUGUCAACAUCACUGAGCGGAGCCCCAUUGACCUUUCUGCCAUCCCGCUGCCACGGUUCAGAUUGAAGUGUGCGUACUGCAGGAAACGGAUGAAGAGGGAGGUGAAAGGUUGCUGUGUCCAGUGCUCCCAUGGGCGUUGCUCCACGGCAUUUCACCCCACUUGUGCUCAGGCAGCCGGUAUUCUCAUGCACCCAGACGACUGGCCAUUCAUAGUCUUCAUCACCUGCCACAGACACCGGGCGCCCGUCAUGCCCGAGCGCAACAAGGCUUCCAUGCGGGAGUUAUCAGUGGGCCAGAAGGUGAUCUGUAAAUACAAAAAUGGACGCUACUACCACAGCGACGUGGUGGAGCUGACCACAGCUACGUUCUACGAAGUGGUGUUUGACGACGGGUCAUACAGCGACAACCUCUUCCCUGAGGACAUUGAGAACCGUGACUGUGUCCGCCACGGCCCGCCCUCUAAAGGUGAGGCCGUUCAAGUGCGAUGGACAGAUGGGCUGAUAUACGGAGCCAAGUUUGUGGCAUUACACUCCAUCCCUAUGUACCUGGUGGAGUUUGAGGAUGGAUCUCAAAUCACAGUGAAGAGGGAAGACAUCUACACUCUAGACGAGGAUCUGCCCAAACGAGUCAAGUCACGAAUGUCGGUGGCGUCAGACAUGCGCUUUGAGCUCUUCACACAGAGCGAAGUCAAACAGAACUCCAAAAGGCAACGGGUCAUCAACUCUCGAUACAGAGAGGACUACAUCGAACCUGUCAUCUACCGAGCCAUCAUGGAGUGACGUUCAUUUCUUUUCAACGCUUUCCACUUCAUCAGAUGUCAUCAAAUCACCGCAGAGAGCUCCGGGUCUUUAUUUCCUGGUCUCUGCUUCUGGCUCUAGGAACGACCCCCCUCCUCCUGUUCUUCCACGGCCUGUCAGGCUCCAUAUUUCUAAACUACGGCUGGGACUUUAAAUGACUUUUGUGCGCAUUGAAUAAUAUUCUUUCAGCUUUCCCAUUACUCUCUGUAGCUCAUAUUUUCUUCCUCAAAUUCAUUCUUAUUUUUUCCUUUCUCUCAGGAAGAAGCCAUCAGUGAAUUAAUGUGUCUCAAAAAGACUGUUUUCUUUUUCAGUAACACCAUGAUGACGAGCUAUCACAUGUGCACCACCUACAAUGGACAGUUUUUCUAGUAAUAUUUGUCUAUAAAUGGACGUUCACUUUUCACUUAACGCAAUUAUUUCAAUAAUUUAUCACGGUGAUAUUUUGCCAUGAGGAUCAUUUGGAGAAAGCGUUAAAAUGAAGCAUAACUGAGUCCACUGGUAGAGUUGAACUGUUCACAUUGAGCCAACAAGCUAGAGAACAUCCUUUGGUUCAUCGAUUUGACAAAGAAUUAUGUUGCAACAUGAAAUAAUCUGUCAAUAUCACUUCUUUUUAACAAAUCUUUUUAAUGGUACUUUUCACAUCAUGCAUUGCAUUACAUGAUUAGGAAGUGUGUUGUAGUUCACCUGUAUGGAUGGAUUUCAUCGUGCAACUACUGUGAAGAUAGAAGACAUGUUUUAUAGGCCCAAGCCUUACAUUUCCAAGGGCCAAGCGCAGCUUUGGGGUUCCCUUGGUUGAUUAUAUCUAUUGUAAUUAAUGUUAUUAUUACACUUUAUUUAUGCGAGUGCGUUAUGUUUGAGAGCAAACCUAUUUUUGUCAUGUCCUUUUCACAAUCUGUCGAAAACCUCAGAUGUAUUUAUAUUUAUUAUAUAGAUAGGUUUUCAGACAUGCUGUUUAAAUUCAGAAGCUCGCUUUUCCUUUUUGCAGCAGUUGGAAGGUGACAAUGAUCUGGCUCACUCAUUGUUCGAUAUUUAGCAUUUUCUAGACUCCUGGCUUCAACAAAGCUUAGAUUAUUUUGUGUUUUUGGUAAAAAAAAAAAAGCUAGCUCUAGAGACCCCUAAAAUGUUUAAAAGAAAAAACAAACAAACAAAAAAACACAAUUUCAGGAUUGUCGAGUCCUUUGUACCUGCUUUAAAAGUAGUCUUGUGUAUAGUAUCCUGAAAAGCCGCUGGCUUCUCAGUAGGAGGAGGCGUGCAGUUACCUUUUAGCUGUGCCCAUUUCAUGGCUGAAGUUGUCCAUUUGGUUUCUCUUGCAUCUGUCUACAAGGCAGCAUUAAAUCUGUUCACUCUUUGUAAACAUCGACUGUUUGAGUAAAGUUUUGGCUAAGAAA